AUGGAGAUGAAGCAGCAAAACCCUAACCCUAAACCUUGUACCAAGUUACGCAGACGAGCUCCAUCGAUAUCCUGGUUGAAUCUUCCUGGGGAUCUGUUGAAUGCAGUGUUUGAACGCCUUGGCUUUGCUGAUGCUCGACGAGUUGAAUCCGUAUGUCGGUCUUGGUGCUCGGCGGCGAGACAAUGCUCGGCCAAGAAGCAGAUCCCUUGGCUGAUUCUCUUACCAGAGGAAGACGACAAGAUCGAACGCCACUGGUGCACGCUGUUCAAUCCCGAGGAAGAAGGCAAGCUCUACAGAAUGCGAGCUGACGUGUUCGAGUUCGCAAACAGCGCUUGUUUAGCAACUCAUGGAAACUGGCUCCUCAUGGUCGAUCACUGGUCUGAGCUCUACAUUCUGAAUCUGUUUACGCACGAGAAAAUCUAUUUACCGGAGGUGGAGUCACAACUUGGAACGACACAGCUGGAGCUAACCUCCUCGAGAGGUCGGUUUUGUCUUUCGAACGAUCAGCUUCAACGCCCAAUGAAGCUCAAAGGUAUUAACGAUGUUAUGCAUUCCCCUGUGUUUUGGAUUGACGAGCAAACCAAAGAGUAUGUAGUUGUAUGGGGACUUGGCGAAUGGUGUGUGGUUUAUGCCAAGAAAGGAGAUGUCUUCUGGAAUCAGAUUCAAAUGCCCCCCCCCCCUUCCAGAUUUCGCUGA